AGGAGGAGGAGAGAAACAGGAAAGAGAGAGAGAGAGAGAGAGAGACGGAGAGGUGGACGGAGACGCGGAGAGCUACACCGCGAUUUUUACCCCGCAGUGCGUGUGCGUGUCUGCGUGAACGCGCGCGGGUACGUGUGGAUUAAACCUGGUCGUGGACGCGGAUUGAUUAAACAGAUAGAUAAAGAAAUAAACACAUAGAUAGAAUAGAAGAAAAAAGAUAGAGAUGUCGGGGAACCGGGAGGAGGAGCGGCGCAAGCUGGCCGACAUCAUAAACCACUGGAACGCCAACCGGCUCGACCUGUUCGAGAUCAGCCAACCGACCGAGGAGCUGGAGUUCCACGGCGUGAUGCGGUUUUAUUUCCAGGACCGAGUGGCCGGGAACUUCGCCACCAAGUGCAUCCGCGUGUCCAGCACGGCCACCACGCAGGAUGUGAUCGAGACGCUGGCUGAGAAAUUCCGGCCCGACAUGAGGAUGCUCUCCUCGCCCAAAUACUCCUUAUACGAGGUCCACGUCAGCGGGGAAGAACGGAAGUUGGACCUGGACGAGAAGCCCCUGGUGGUGCAGCUGAACUGGAACAAAGACGACAGAGAGGGACGCUUCGUCCUCAAGAACGAGAACGACAUCAUCCCGAAGAAAAUCCAAAGCAACGGCCCCGAGAAAGAGAAAGAAGGCGUGAUCCAAAACUUCAAAAGGACCCUGUCCAAAAAAGAGAAGAAGAAAGAGAAGAAGAGAGAUAAAGAGGCCUGGAUCCCUGACGGAGACGAGCUUGCGCCCAACCGGGAGGACAGCGAGAACUCGAGACUGGCGGCGGAGGUGUACAAGGACAUGCCCGAGACCAGCUUCACUCGGACCAUCUCCAACCCUGAGGUGGUGAUGAAGAGGAGGAGGCAGCAGAAGCUGGAGAAGAGGAUGCAGGAGUUCCGCAGCGGAGACGGGCGCCCUGACUCAGGAGGGACGCUGAGAAUCUACGCAGACAGUCUGAAGCCCAACAUCCCCUAUAAGACCAUCCUGCUCUCCACAACCGACACAGCCGACUUCGCUGUGGGUGAGGCUCUGGAGAAAUACGGCCUGGAGAAGGAGAACCCCAGAGAGUACUGCAUCGCUCGGGUGGUCCAUUAUGAAGAUAAACCUGUCAAGGAAACCAUCCUGGAGGACUCCGAGUGCCCUUUACAGAUCUUCCGAGACUGGACCAGCGAUAAAGAGGCGCUGGUGUUCCAGCUGAAGAAACGACCUCCUGACUACAUGCAUAAGAAAGGGCUGAAGCCGGGAGACAGGACGGGGCCGCUGCAUGGAGCGAUACCUCCAGAGAAACUGCCCUACCUGGUUGAGCUGAGUCCAGGGCGAGGGAAGCACUAUGCCUACUACACUUAUCGGCAACACGAAGAUGGUUCAGACUCCAGGGAUAAGCCCAAACUGUACCGGUUACAGCACAGUGUGACGGAGGUCGGCUCUGACCGAAUUGAAGAUGGAAAUAUCCAGCUGUUUGGCCCGGGUAUCCUGCCUCACCACUGUAACCUGAGGCACGCGGACGGUCUGGUGACGGUGACGCCCGUGUCUCUGGACGCCGAGACCUUCGUGGAUGGACAGAGGAUUUUGGAGACCACGGUGCUUCGAAGCGGAAUGACGCUGCAGUUCGGAGCAAUGCACGUCUUCAAAUUCGUGGACCCCAGUUACGAUCACGGCCUGGCAAAGAGAGACACAGGGGGCAUGGUGAAGGGCAGACACAAGUCAGGGAGUGUCCCAGAGACGACCUUUGACCUGCACGGGGACGUUCACGGCGGCGCAGCGCUCCCAACCAGCAAGAGCUCUGGAAAGCUGGACAUGGAUCGCUCUGGGAACAUUGGGGAGAGAGGCAUGGUGAAGCCCAUGAUCCGAGCAGAACCCGAUUUCGCAAAGCAUGAUGGGAGGCCCCAUGAUGGCCCCGAGCUCACACUGCCCGCCAGCAUCGAGUUCAGGGACAACUCUGAAGAUGCUUUCCUGUCAGCAAUCAUCAACUACACCAACAGCUCCACCGUACACUUCAAGCUGUCCCCUACUUACGUCCUCUACAUGACCUGCCGCUACGUGCUCUCCAGCCACUACCGGCCCGACAUCAGCGCGUCGGAGCGCACGCACAAAGUCAUCGCCAUCGUCAACAAGAUGGUGAGCAUGAUGGAAGGAGUGAUCCAGGAGAUUCCUGAAGGUGACCAGAAGCAGAAAAACAUCGCUGGCGCUCUGGCCUUCUGGAUGGCCAACGCCUCCGAGCUGCUCAACUUCAUCAAGCAGGACAAAGAUCUGUGCCGCAUCACACUGGACGCCCAGGACGUCCUCGCUCACCUCGUCCAGAUGGCCUUCAAGUAUCUGGUUCAUUGCCUGCAGUCGGAUCUGAAUAAUUACAUGCCGGCGUUCCUCGAUGAUCCUGAAGAACAAAACCCACAGAGACCCAAGAUUGAGGACGUGCUGCACACGCUGACAGGCGCCAUGUCUCUGCUGCGGCGUUGCCGUGUGAACGCGGCUCUCACUAUCCAGCUGUUCUCACAGCUCUUCCACUUCGUCAACAUGUGGCUGUUUAACAAGCUGGUGACCGAAUCCGACUCGGGCCUGUGCUCGCACUACUGGGGCGCCAUCCUGCGGCAGCAGCUCAGCCACAUCGAGGCCUGGGCUGAGAAACAGGGCCUGGAGCUCGCUGCAGAUUGCCACCUCAGCCGUAUAGUGCAGGCAACGACUCUCCUCACCAUGGACAAGUACUCCAUGCAGGACGUCCAGACUAUCAACAACACGUGCUUCAAGCUCAACUCUCUGCAGCUUAAUGCCCUCAUGAGCAACUACCACUGUGCCCCGGAUGAGCCCUACAUCCCCCCUGAGCUGAUUGAUCACGUGGUGGCCGUGGCAGAGAACACGGCGGACGAGCUGGCUCGCAGCGACGGCCGAGAGGUCCAGCUGGAGGAGGAUCCCGACCUGCAGCUCCCCUUCCUGCUGCCGGAGGACGGCUACUCGUGUGACGUGGUCCGAAACAUUCCCAACGGCUUCCAGGAGUUCCUGGAUCCGCUCUGUCAGAGAGGUUUUUGCCGUCUGACUCCUUAUCCUCGUUCUCCCGGAACCUGGACCGUCUACUUCGAAGGAGCCGACUGCGAUAGUCACUUCUCUGCGGAUAACUCCGACCUGCCAAUGAGGAAGGAACCUGAGGUCGUGACUGUGACGUUGAAGAAGCACAAUGGCAUGGGCCUCAGCAUCGUCGCCGCCAAGGGUGCUGGACAGGAGAAACUUGGAAUUUACAUCAAGUCUGUCGUCAAAGGCGGAGCUGCAGACAUGGACGGCCGUCUGGCUGCUGGAGAUCAGCUGCUCAGCGUUGAUGGGAGGAGUCUAGUCGGACUGUCUCAGGAGAGGGCGGCGGAGCUGAUGACUCGAACUGGUUCGGUGGUCACUCUGGAGGUGGCCAAACAGGGGGCAAUUUACCACGGCCUGGCCACACUGCUCAACCAGCCAUCUCCCAUGAUGCCACGGGCGUCAGACCGGGGCCGUAUGGAUAAAGGCAAAGCACGGCCAAAGAGCGAAGGCUUCGAGCUCUACAACAACUCUGUGCAGAACGGCUCUCCAGAGAGCCCACAGGGGAACUGGGACACGUACCCCGAGCAGAAGAGGGACGACAGGCUGCUGAAGAACCGUGCAGAUCACCGCUCCAGCCCCAACGUAGCCAAUCAAGCCCAGAGUCCAGGAGGAAAACCUGUGUACCCAGGAGCCCCUGGGAAAAUCACCUCCGUCUCCACGGGCAACCUGUGUCCAGAAGAGGAGCCGUCCCCGCCCCGUCCGGAGGCGUACCCCAUCCCCACACAGACUUACCCCAGGGACUACUUCACCUUCCCAGCUUCCAAAUCUCAGGACAGGAUGGGGCCCGUACCUGGGCAGGUGUGGCAGGGCUGCGAACCCGAGCCGGUUUCCCCCAUGGACCAGCAUCACCAUAACAACAUGGCUAUGCAGCGGAUAGCACGCUCUCAGGAGGAGUUGUGUGAUGUGCCCGCUAGAUACCCAUCUGAGCGGAUGCGGCAGGAUGACCUGCUCCAUCUUCAACAACAGCAGCAUGAGGCAGAGUACCAGCGUGGUGGAGAUCCCUGGAACAACCAAGUCUCCUCGUCGGUAGAGUCGAGCACCUCCAGCCAGGAGCACCUCAACAACUACAACACCAUCUCCAGCAAAGCUCAGGCCAACAACAAGAGCAGCGCGGGCCGCUGGAAAACCCCCGGAGUACCCCAUUCCGGCCCGGUGGGCGUGUCUCAGCCCUCUCGCUCAGAUUUGCCUCCGCCUCCUCCCCCGCCCCCACCUGUGCACUACGACUACGACCCGCAGGCCGACCUGCCUCUUCCCCCGCCACCCUCCGCCGGCCAACAGCAGGCCGUGGUCGACCGCAAGAAACGCGAGGAGCAGCAGCGCUGGUAUGAGAAGGAAAAGGCGCGUUUGGAGGAGGAGCGCGAGAGGAAAAGGCGGGAGCAAGAGAGGAAGUUGGGGCAGAUUCGCAACCCCGCCCUGCCGCCACCCGUCCUGCACAAUAACACCCAGCAUCAGCAGAUGCCCCCGCCUCAACAGAUGCCUCAUCCUUACCUGCCUCCGGCUCAACCCCCUCAAGCGCAGCUCCCCCGCCCUGAGAAACUGCCCACACUUCCUCGAGCUCCUCCUCCACUGGCUCCUCUGGACACGGUGAUCCGGGACCUCCAGCCUCAGCAGCAGCCGCGCACCAUCGAGCGCCGCGACCUGCAGUACAUCACCAUUAGCAAAGAGGAGCUCUCCGCGGCCGACAGCCUCUCGCCCGACCCGUGGAAGCGAGACGCCAGGGAGAAGCUGGAGAAGCAGCAGCAGCUCCACAUCGUCGACCUGCUCGACAAAGAGAUCCAGGAACUGCAGGCCAAGCCGGAGCGCACGGCUGAGGAGAACGACCGCCUGCGCAAGCUCAUGCUGGAGUGGCAGUUCCAGAAGAGGCUGCAAGAGUCCAAGCAGAGCGAGGAGGACGAGGAGGAGGAGGACGACGAAGAUGUCGACACGGUGCUGAUCAUGCAAAGGCUGGAAGCGGAGAAAAGAGCACGGCUCCAAGACGAGGAACGUCGACGGAAGCAGCAGCUGGAGGAGAUCCGUAAGCGCGAGGCGGAGGAACGAGCCAGGCAGGAGGAGGAGAGACGCCGGAGAGAAGAGGAACGAGCCAGACGAGAAACUGAUGAGAAGAGGAGACAGGAGGAGGAGUACUACACCCGCCUGGAGGCGGAGAGGCGCCGGCAGCACGAGGAGGCCGAGCGCAAGCUGCUGACGCCGGACGAUCCUGGUCUGUACAGACCUCCUCCCAGGGACUACCAGCCCCCCCCUUCUGCCACUAACCCCACCACCACCAACCCUCCUCCGACCCCGCCUCAGAGAAACACCUCGUACCUCAAAACCCAGGUCGUCUCCCCCGACACCUUAUACACUGCCAAGUUUGUCUCGUACAAUGACGAGGAGGAGGAGGAGGAGGAGGAGGACGAUGCAGGCUUAGCAGGGUUUAAUUCAUACACUGGAAGCACGACGGCAAUUGUAGGAUCAGGAGAAGUUUACAAGGACCCGCGAGAGAAAUGGACCAAAGGUGGACCAGACCAGGAGAACUCAAUAGGCGAAGCACCGGAGAGUCUCACGUUUAAGGAGCGGCAGAGACUUUUCUCACAGGGGAAAGAGGUUUCCAACAAAGUCAAGGCUUCACGCAAGCUCAUGGAGCUGGAGAACGAACUGAACACGAAGUAGUAAUUAAGAGCAAAUCUUUCUUUUAUUUUUUUUCCCCCCCUCUAUUUUUUCUUUUCUUUUAAAGUGGGACUCAACACUAAUCCCUGAAACCCAGCACUGGAAAGAGAGAGAUUUACCUGGAGCUUCCUUUUUUUUCCUUCUUCUUUUUUUCCACCAUCAUUUCCAUUUGUAUGAAAAUAACUGGACCAGUAAGUACACGUGUUGCUCAUAGAGACUAUUGUUUGAUUUGUUUGGGUUUUUUUUGUUUUUCUUCCCUGCGGCGUUUCAGAUAUAUAAUAAAGCACUGUACAAAUGUUUUAAUUAUAAUAACGAUGAAUGAAACGGCAUAUUUUUUUCGGAUUUGUGAAAUAGUUCAUUCUGGAAAAGAAAAGAAAAAAAAAACGCAAAACGCUUUAUUCCUAUUUUAUUUUAUUUUUUAUAUCACUGAUUGUAGCGUGGGACGUUUUUAUGGUGGUGUUUUAAGCUGCAAACUUCCACACUUUUUUUUUUCUUGUGUGUGUGUGUGUGUGUGUGUGUUUGGUUUUUUUUUGUUUUUUGUUUAAAUAACCUUUUCUGUAAAUUUUCAAUUUGGACCAGCUUUUUGUUUCUCAGUAGAAUCAAUGUAAAAGCUCGAAGUCGUUACAGAUCAUAACGUCCCUCCGGUUUCGCCUUCGCACUCUGUUUCCCUCGGGUUUGCCUCAAAACAUCGAAGAUGAAGAAGAAGGUGACGGAUCUCGUCAGACCUUCUCUGGUUUCAGGAGUUGAGAAGGAGAAAAAGGAGGAUUGGGUUUAUAUUCGAAUUCCAGACAGAGUGAAAGUUUCUGUUUUUAUAUUUUUCUAUUAUAAGCGAUUCUAAUCUAUUUUCCCACUUUUUAGUUCCGUUUAUCAUCCUAGUGAACAGGAUUUGAUGGAAGUGAAGUGCAGUGAAUAGACGUUCUGUAGUUUAAAGGUUCAAGACUUCAGUGAAGAAAAGAAACAAAGAUUGCAGGCGUUCAUUCCAUCCUCAUGCCUGAUCCAAUCCAUUAACAGAAAGCAAAAAGGAUUAGUUUAUCUCAUCUUUUUAUUUCCUUUCUAUCUUUUUUAUUCAUUUGUUUUAUCAGAAAUGUUUUUCGGAAUCGAUCUCCUUUUAGUUUUAUUCCCCUCGGAGUUAAACACAUGGUUGUAGAUCUGCAUUAACACUCUGAAAAUGCUGGUGAAUGUGUAAAUUGUUUAGUUUAUUUUAUUUUUUUCCUCCAGAAACACACACACUAUGUAAAUGGAACCAAUACGUAACACUAUAGUGUCAAUAUUCCAUCACCUUUUUUUUUUUUUUCUUUUUUCUGUUUCCGAAAUGUAAACUCGUGUAUACACACUUUUUACGUUUAUCAUUUUAGGUUCAGGACGAGUUCAUUUGAUUUCGUUUUAAUAGUUGUUACAUGUUAGGCUUUUGUAAAUCAUAAAUAAAUUCAGAUUUUACACAAAAAUAAAUGAUUGCUGUACUUGCUGUUUUGAAUCUUGA